CAUGAGUCAUGAUAACCAAUAAAAAGCACGGAAACAACAAAAAUGAAAAACCAAAAAACCGUCAUAUACUUAAUCGCAAAGCAAACCAAAAAUAGGGACAACAUUGUAAUUAUUUUCUAUCGAUCUUUCUAGAACACCACUACCCCUUUCAAAUACCACUACAUUUCUCAUUUUCACUCUACCAAAAAAAUUCAGAAGCAAUUUUACUUUAUUAAGUAACAAUGGAGGAUAAUUACCGUUACGGAAGAGGUCGUAGUCGUGGCGGUGACAGGGGUCGUGGCAGAGGCGGCUUUGACGGCGGAAGAGGCGGCUUUGAUGGCGGAAGGGGCGGCUUUGAUGGUGGAAGAGGCGGUCGUGGCGGAGGAAGAGGGAGAGAUAAUCAACACUUUCAUCAACAACCACCACAAUUUUACCAUAAUUACCAGCAACGUCCUCCGCAAUUCUAUCAACAGAGGCCGCAACAACAUCAUCAGCCACAACAACCACAGCAACCACAACAACAGCAUCGGCAACAACCACAACAACAGUAUCAGCAACAACCACAACAACAGCAUCAGCAACAACCACAACGACAACAACAACCACCACAACAACAACCACAACCACUACAGCAACGACAGCAACAGGAUUUCCGUCAAUCUUCAUCGGGAAAUCAGUUGGGUUCUGGCCCGGUGGGAACGGGCCGUGGUGGGAUUCAGUUUAGGCCCGGGAAUUAUGGAGUUGGUGAGGGGUCUUCUCGUGGUCAACAACAGAAACAGUUUACUGCUGACAGUUUUGCUGCUAAAUUGCGCCAAUCUUCUGAUCGUGUUGUUCCGAAGAUGCAAUCGUUGAAAUUGUCUGAAGGGACUUCUGAAGCUGGUGGAGAAAUGGUUCCUAUCAGACGACCCGAUAAUGGUGGUCAAAACAGGAUUCGCAAUGUCAACAUCCUGGUCAAUCAUUUUCCGGUCAGCUUUAAUCCUGAAAGUGUAAUUAGACACUAUGACAUUGAUGUCAAACCUGUAGCACCUGUCAGGGGUCAUCCUGUGAAGAUAUCAAAGGCUAAUAUGAGUUUGCUUAUGGAUAAACUCUACUCUGAUUAUCCAGAAUUCCCUUUGGAAAUGACUGCCUUUGAUGGUGAGAAGAAUGUAUUUAGUGCGGUUUCAUUGCCUGUUGGAGACUUAAAAGUGACACUGUCACCUGAGGUAGAUAUUAGGUGCCGUGAAUAUAUGUUCAAAAUUACUCUUGUGAGUGAGCUGAAGCUUCAUAAAUUGAGGGAUUAUCUGACUGGAAAUUUACUCCAGCUUCCCCGUGAAGUAUUGCAAGGGAUGGAUGUCGUAAUGAAGGAGACUCCAAGGAGGCAUAUGGUCAGCAUUGGCAAAAGCUUUCACCCAAAUGACCCCAAUGACUCGCCUCUUUAUGGAGGACUUGUAGCAUCACGAGGGUUUCAGCACAGUCUGAAGCCAACUUCACAGGGCUUAGCAUUGUGUUUGGAUUAUUCAGUUUUGGCAGUUCGUAAGCGGAUUUCUGUCCUUGAGUUUCUUAGAGAGCAUGUUAACCUCAGUCAGGUUGAUUUCAACAGCUUUCGCAGAAAGAGGAGUGAUAUUGAUUAUGCUCUGAAAGGACUUAAAGUUACAGUAACCCAUCGUCGGACAAAGCAAAAAUAUAUCAUAUCUGGGAUAACUGACCAAAAAGCUUGUGAGAUUUCCUUCACUGUUGAAGAUCCUAAUGGCGAGCAUCCUCCAAAAUCUGUGCGUCUUCUUGAUUAUUUUCGGGAGAAGUAUCCUUCUGCUCAAAUACAGCAUAAGGACUUACCCUGCUUAAGUUUGGGGAGAGGCAAGAAAGCAAAUUAUGUUCCGAUAGAGUUAUGUGUCUUGGUUGAAGGUCAGAGGUACCCUAAGGAGAAUCUAGACCGUGACUCUGCCGUUUUGUUGAAGAACAUGUCACUUGCUGCACCGGCGGACAGAAGAAGGACAAUCUGUGGCAUGUUGCAAGACAAGCAUGGACCUUGUGGGGGAGAUGUCAGUAAAAAUUUUGGAAUCGAUGUGACAAUGAGUAUGACCCAAGUGAAUGGUCGUGUGAUAGAGCCACCAAAACUGAAGUUAAGAACUCAACAUGACAAAAUUAGUCCCAUCGUUGUAGAUAGAAAUAAUUGCCAGUGGAAUCUUGUGAACAAAUUAGUUGUUGAUGGCAAGUCUCUUCUGCGCUGGGCUGUUGUGGACUUCAGCUAUCAUGAAAGACAAGGUGAUCGUUUAAAUAGCGAUUUCAUUCCGAAGCUUGUUGCGCGCUGCAACAAACUAGGGUUGAAUAUGGAUGGUCCUUUGUUCACUGAAGAGGCUAGCAUGCGUCUUCUGGGAAGUGCUGAGUCACUAACUCCUCUUCUGGAAAAAGUUCAACGUCGAGCUGAUCAGGAAUUUCAAAGCAAAUUACAGCUUGUGCUAUGUGUGAUGACAAGAAAGGAUGCUGGUUAUAAGUACAUCAAGUGGAUUUCUGAGACAAAAAUUGGGAUUGUUACCCAAUGUUGCCUUUCAAAAAUGGCGAAUAAAGCUCAGGACCAGUAUCUGGCUAAUCUUGGCAUGAAAAUAAAUGCUAAGCUGGGGGGCAGCAAUGUUGAGCUUUUUAAUCAAUUUUCUUUAUUUGAUGAAGAUGCAGGCCCAGUGAUGCUUAUUGGUGCUGAUGUCAAUCACCCUCGUCCAUUGGAUUUUUCAAGUCCAUCAAUAGCUGCUAUUGUUGCCUCAUUGAACUGGCCGGCUGCAAACAAAUAUAUUCCUCGAGUUAGUCCCCAGGGUCGUGGUGUGGAGGAAAUUGAAGACUUUGGACGUAUUUGUCUAGAGCUUAUUCAAUGUUACGAAACCAUCAAUGGAGUCAAGCCGCGGAAACUUUUGAUAUUUCGUGAUGGUGUCAGCGAAGGGCAGUUUGACAUGGUUCUCAACAGUGAGCUUUUGGAUCUGAAGAAAGUCUUGGGAGAAGUGAACUACCAUCCUACCAUAACAUUAAUUGUUGCUAGGAAGCGCCACCAGACGCGCUUAUUUCCAGAAACCGAGAGAGAUGCAGGUAGAAACGGUAAUAUACCUCCUGGCACAGUAGUGGACACGACAAUUGUUCAUCCAUUGGAGUAUGACUUCUACCUCUGUAGUCACUAUGGGAGCAUUGGUACAAGCAAACCGACGCACUACCAUGUCCUGUGGGAUGAGCACAAUCUUUCUUCUGAUAAGUUGCAGAAAUUCAUAUACGACUUGUGCUUCACUUUUGCUAGGUGCUGUAAACCUGUUUCACUGGUUCCUCCAGUGUAUUAUGCUGAUCUUCUAGCCUACAGAGGACGAUUGUAUUAUGAUGCUCAAUCUGAAAGACAGUCUUCUUCAGGACUUUCAUCGUCUUCCUCUAUAACGUCAACUUCAACUUCUGCAACUUCGGUUGAUCUGAAUGUGCUGGUUCUCUCUGGCAGUGAAAACUUCAUGUAUUUUAUCUGACAGGGGUUCGGCUUUCCUAAGAUCGCUUCUUCCUUUUCUACAUGGAUUUGGGAAGGAGUCUCGCACAGCUCAUGCUUUUAAUAGCGUUGCCCUCAUGCAACUAAAGGGUGCGUUUGUGCGUGAAUCUAAAACUCUUAGUUUUUGUGUGUUUUUAAAGAUAAGGAUACUUUCUCAAGUUCCCUACAAGGAUUUGUUAAUGUGUGUUGAACUAGCUCUACAUCUUCUGUAAGCCCAGCCUAUACUUACCGAGUUGCCGUAAGGCUGUUACAGCUAGGAAUGUUUUGAUGGUUUUAUGUUAUUAAUAUUAAUGUGUGUGUUUAAAUA